AUGUCUGGUAAAUGUGCACUUAUUCUUGAAAUUUCCGAUAAAUUUUCUAAAUCUGCGAAAUUUCAGCAGGAAUUGCAAUCUGGCCAAAGCUCAUUACCUACUGCUCCAGCGACAACAUUUCCUGCUGAAUCGCAGUCGCUAACAGCACCAAUAACAGCAGCACCGACCAGCACUGAUCCUAGUUAUAGCCCGCUUCAGCGACUUCAGAAUUUCACAUCAAUGAAUGGCACACCUCAGCCUGGAAGAAGUGCAGCAAGAGUCUCAUCUUCCGAUGUAGAAAUAUCGAGAGCACCAGCAACGCAGCCGUUGCCACAAACAACUAGAGCACCUGCCGCUGCUGCAGCAUCAACUGCUCAACAGAGAGAUGUAAGCAGUGGCCAGCCGUCGGUAUCAAGUACGUCUACAUCAGAAAUGGUGGUGGAGGCGCCGGCUGCUUCUAGUUCGGCUAAUGCAGCGCCACCAAACAUCGUGAGAUUUGAAAUGCCUUUCCUCUCCGUUCCUUUCAAUAUGGCUCGUUUGUCUCAGCCACAGCCGAUUUCUUCCGAAGCUUCGAGUGCUGCACAUCAGCUAUCCCGCCUUCGUGACUCAUCAAGUCCUCGUGAUGUGCCGUCCACUUCAGAACCAUCAUCUGCUUUUCGGAAUAUGGUUCGUGUGUCUCAGCCACAGCCGGUUUCUUCCGAAGCUUCGAGUGCUGCACAUCAGCUCUCCCACCUUCGUGACUCAUCAAGUCCUCGCGAUGUGCCGUCCACUUCAGAACCAUCAUCUGCUUUUCGGACGUGUCGCGGUGUACUCAAUAUAGUCGAUGUGGUAACGCAAGACAUGGAUGCAAAAACAUGCGACUAUAUCAUGAGAAAUGCUGAUGGAAAUUUGUACUGCUCCCGGUCUGAGUGCGCCGAUAUUCGCUUCGAAACACAUUCGGCCGCACGAGUGCAUAAUUUGCGACACAAUUCACAAAAUAUCUUCUUUUGUCUGGAGUGUGGCAGUGCUUUUCCAUUUGAAAAUCUCAUCGUUAAACAUAUGAUUGAACGCCACAAUCAGAAGCAAGGUAUGCUUUCUCCGGGUUGUUUUUUUCGUCGAUAUUUUGAGCUCGUAAGCUUUCAUCUUUUGAAAGAGUUCAGUUUUUUUCGAUUUGCUGAAAUUUGCUUUGCAAAAUUCUGA